AUGGCUGGAGCCGGGUCAGGGGGCUGUGGAGCCAGGCUAGACCACUUCGUGGUGGCCCGGGCUGGGCUGUGGCUGCUGCUGUGGGGGUGCCUGCUGGGGGCUGGCGGGGUGGAGGCAUGCCCUUCUCUGUGUACCUGUGUGGGAGCCACGGUGGACUGCCACGGCCUGGGGGUCCGGAACAUCCCCAAGAAUAUCCCCAGGAGCACAGAGAGACUUGAUCUAAAUGGGAACAACCUGACGACCAUCAGCAAGACAGACUUCUCUGGCCUCAAACACCUCAGAGUUCUUCACCUGAUGGAGAACCAGAUUAGCAACAUUGAGAGAGGAGCAUUUGAUGAUCUGAAGGAACUGGAGAGACUUCGUCUGAACAGGAACCGUCUCACUCAGCUCCCUGAACUCCUGUUCCAGAAGAAUGAGGCUCUGGCUCGACUGGACCUUAGUGAGAAUGCUAUCCAAGCCAUUCCCAGGAGAGCUUUCAGAGGGGCCACGGACAUCAGGAACCUUCAACUGGAUAAGAACCACAUCACGUGCAUUGAGGAGGGGGCCUUCCGUGCUCUGAGAACUCUGGAGGUUCUCACAUUGAACAACAACAACAUAAGCAGCAUCCCAGUCUCCAGCUUCAACCACAUGCCCAAACUACGCACCUUUCGUCUCCACUCUAACAGUCUGCGGUGUGACUGUCACCUGUCCUGGUUGUCUCCCUGGCUGAGACAGAGGCCCACCCUGGGUCUGUACACACAGUGCAGCUCCCCUCCAACCCUCAGAGGACUCAACCUGGCUGAACUGCAGAAGAACGAGUUCACCUGCUCAGGUCAGAGUGACAGUGCGUUUGUUCAGCCGUGUAGCUUGGCGUCUGGCUCCUGUCCUCCCAUGUGUUCCUGUAGUAACAACAUCGUAGAUUGUAGAGGCAAGGGCCUCACUGCCAUACCUGCUCAUCUGCCUGAAGCCAUGACCGAGAUUCGUCUGGAGCAGAAUGGUAUCAAGUCAGUUCCUCCUGGAGCCUUCACCUCCUACAAGAAGCUACGCAGAAUAGAUCUGAGUAACAAUCAGAUAUCAGAGAUUGCUCCCGAUGUUUUCCUAGGCCUGAGAGCCCUCAACUCACUGGUCCUGUAUGGUAAUAAGAUCACAGAUCUCCCCAGAGGACUGUUUGAGGGACUCGGCUCUCUAGAACUGCUUCUCCUGAAUGCCAAUAAGAUCCACUGUAUUCGAGCCACAGCCUUCCAGGACCUGGAGAAUCUAGCUCUGCUGUCUCUCUACGACAACAAGAUCCAGACCCUGGCUAAAGGAACCUUCACACCCCUACACAGUAUACAGACACUUCACCUGGCUCAGAACCCAUUUGUGUGUGACUGUAACCUGAAAUGGCUGGCAGACUACCUGAGGUCCAACCCCAUAGAGACCAGCGGUGCCCGCUGUGCCAGCCCACGCAGACUGGCCAACAAACGCAUCGGGCAAAUCAAGAGCAAGAAGUUCCGCUGCUCUGCUGCUAAGGAGCAGUACCACAUCCCAGGUACAGAAGACACCCGUCUGAAUAAUGAGUGUAACAGUAAGCCGGUGUGUCCUGCUAAGUGUCGCUGUGAAGCUAACGUAGUGGACUGCUCUAACCUCCGUCUCACCAACUUCCCCCAACACCUACCUGCCUCUACCACCGAGCUGCGUCUCAACAACAAUGACAUCUCAGUGCUGGAAGCCACCGGCGUCUUCAAGACCCUCUCUCAGCUCAAGAAAAUUAACUUUAGCAACAACAAGAUCUCAGAGAUCGAGGACGGAGUGUUUGAGGGGGCGGGGUCUGUUGUGGAGCUCCACCUGACAGCCAAUCACCUGGACUCUGUCAGAGGGACUAUGUUCAGGGGCAUGGGCGGCCUCCGCAUGCUGAUGUUGAGGAACAACCGUAUCAGCUGUAUCCAUAACGGCAGCUUCACUGGUCUGACCAACGUCCGCCUGUUGUCUCUCUAUGACAACCAGCUCCACACCAUAAUGCCUGGGGCCUUCGACACACUGCCCAACCUCUCUACACUGAACCUGUUGGCCAACCCGUUUAACUGUGACUGUCGUCUGGCGUGGUUGGGGGCGUGGCUUCGUUCUAGACGAAUCGUAACGGGGAACCCUCGCUGCCAGAGCCCCUCCUUCCUCAGAGAGAUCCCACUACAGGACGUAGCAGCACCAGACUUCCGCUGCGACGACGUGUUGGAGGAGAGUAGCUGUGCAGCUCGUCCUCAGUGUCCCAGUGAGUGUACCUGUACGGAGACGGUGGUCCGCUGUAGUAACAAACACCUCCAGGCCCUGCCCAAGGGGUUGCCCCGCAACGUCACUGAACUCUAUCUGGAUGGGAACCAGUUCAGCAUGGUGCCCAGAGAACUGUCCACCUUCAAACACCUGCAGCUGGUAGAUCUGAGUAACAACAGAAUCAGCUCCCUGUCUGACUCCUCCUUCUCCAAUAUGAGCCAGCUCACCACCCUCAUCCUGAGUUACAACUCUCUACGCUGCAUCCCUCCUCUGGCCCUGGCUGGACUACGCUCUCUCAGACUACUAUCUCUUCAUGGCAACGACAUCUCUGAACUACUGGAGGGGAUCUUCAGUGAUGUGGCCUCCCUGUCUCACCUGGCAAUCGGUGCCAACCCCCUGUACUGUGACUGUCAUCUGCGCUGGCUGUCUGACUGGGUGAAGAGUGGGUACAAGGAGCCUGGCAUCGCCCGCUGUGCCGGACCAAUGGGCAUGGAGGGAAAACUGCUGCUCACCACACCUGAGACCAAGUUUGAAUGUCUGGGUCCAGUGGAGACGUCUGUCCAGGCUAAGUGUAGUCCAUGUGUGUCUGGGCCCUGUCAGAACCACGGUGUGUGUCAGUCUGACCCUGUAGAACUCUACACAUGUGUGUGUGCACCCGGCUUCACGGGUAAAUACUGUGAGACUCCAGUGGAUGUGUGUGCCAGUAACCCAUGCACAAAUGGAGGAACCUGCAUCAGUGACGAACAGACAAGGAGAUUCAGUUGUUCAUGCCUGGUGGGUUUCCAUGGAUCGUUCUGUGAGGUGGAUGUAGAUGACUGUGAGGACCACGGAUGUGAGAAUGGCGCAACCUGUGUGGACGGAGUAGGCAACUACACCUGCUUCUGUCCUCCCUUUUACAUAGGGUUGUUGUGUGAGGAAGAGGAGGAUGUGUGUUCUCCUGGUAGAAACCCCUGUCAGCAACACUCUACCUGCAGCAGCACCACUACAGGCCCCAGUUGUGUGUGUGCCCCAGGCUUCGUGGGGGGUGACUGCAGUGUGAACUAUGAUGAGUGUGAGGAUCAGGACUGUCAGAAUGGAGCGGUGUGUGUGGACCUGGUAGAUGGAUACACCUGCACCUGCCCUGAGGGGUACAGUGGUGAGUUGUGUGAGGUGCCCCCUCCUCCUCCAUCUCCCUGUGAGCGGGCUCGCUGUCAAAACAGCGCCCCCUGUGUGGACAGAGGCGGUACUGCGCUGUGCCAGUGUCUGCCGGGGUUCGAGGGUGUGCGUUGUGAGAAGCUGGUCAGUGUGAACUUCGUGAAUAGAGAUUCUUACCUACAGCUGUCUGACCUGAAGAACUGGCCUCAGGCUAACAUCACACUGCAGGUGUCGACAGCGGAGGAUAACGGUAUCCUGCUGUAUAAUGGAGACAACAAGCCAAUGGCUGUGGAGCUCCAUGAGGGACAUGUUCGAGUCAGCUACGACCCUGGUAGUCAGCCUGGACACACUAUCUACAGCGCUGAGACGGUGAACGACGGGCGUUUCCAUACGGUAGAGCUGGUGACCUUUGACAGGAUGGUGAACCUGUCUGUGGACGGGGGUGCGCCCACCACUCUGGACAGUCUGGGAGGGGUCCCACCUCUGUCUGGAGAGGCACCGCUAUACGUGGGGGGUAUGCCAGAGAAGAUGUCCUACUCCUCUCUGAGUCUCUUCCAGCCCCUCAACUCCUCCAGUUUCCACGGCUGCAUCAGGAAUUCAGACAACUAA